UUAGUAUUAUAAUAAAGUUGUGUGAGUUGUCUCAUACGGUAUAAUAAUAACAAUAAUAAUAAUAAUAUAAAUGAUUAAAAGUGAGACUAAUAUGGACUCUAAUGAAGACAAUCAGUCGGGAUGUCUGACCAUUGGAUUAAAUAAUUCACAACAAGAAGUGAUUGUUGAUAAUCAACAACAAAUUGAUUCACUUAUUAAACAAUUAGAGAACGAACGCAAUGAACGACACAAACUACAAGAGUUGUGYGAUUUUCUGGUCAAACAAAAUGACAAUAAAGUGGAUGAAAAUGUGRUGACUGUUGACAAGGAAGCAGAAGUCUUGAACAAGAAUUAUAUGAUUGAAACGGAGUCUUUGGGCGCUCAGGUCAAGCAAAAGGAAGCGCUAGAAAUCAAACUGAAGACUGUUAUUCAAAAACUGAAAUAUAAAUUAAACAAAUCGGAACAAUUGGUCAAAGAGUUGACACAAAAGGAAGGCAAUUGUCAAAUGAAAAUCAAUGACAAUGAAAACCACUUCAAUGACGACCACUUAAAGAAGCAAAACGAAAUUGAUUCCCAAAUAAUUGAACUCAAGAAACAACUCGAAGAAAAAGAAACUGAAAUUUUCAAUCUCAAGCAAAAAGAUAAUAAAGUGAUUGAAAAUGUUAUAAAUGUUGAACAAGUGAUGACUAGUGAGAAGGAAACAGAGUUAACCACAAAAAUAGAUGAAUUAGAAAAUGAAUUACAAGAAUUAAAAAGAGUUCACUCAGAAAGUGAAAUGAAAUUAUCUGAAUCUGAAUAUGAAUUGGAUAUCAUGAAGAGGAACUAUACCAUCGAAAUGGAGUGUUUCGGGGCUCAGGUCCAGGAAAGGGAGACAUUGAUUGAAAGAUUACAGACUAGAAAUCAAAAGAUUAAACAAAAACUAACCAAAUCUGAAGAAUUGGCUAAAGAAUUGACAGAAAAAGAGGAAAGUUUUAAAUCAAAAAUCGACGAAUGCGAAGGUCUUAUCAAAUACGAGCAAAUGAAGAGUCAAAACGAAACUGAUUCCCGAAUAUUUGAUCUCCAAAAACAACUACAAGAAAAAGAAAAUUUGUUUGAAACUGAGUUAUUAAAACUUAAGACACAAAAUACUAAACUAAUUGCUUUAGAGGAUGAACUCAGACAAAGAAACGCUGAGUUGGAAAUGAAAUUUAAUUCAAAUAAUUUUGAAAUAGAAAUAAAUAACUGUCGAAAACAAAUUGAUUCACUUAUCAAUCAAUUAGAGGCUGAGCGCAGCCAGAAAAUACAGUUUCAGGAUUUAUAUCAAUCAGUGGCCAAUCAUACAGAUGAUGGACAUAGUGCUGAUCAAGUGAAUCAAUUAUUGGCUCAAUUAGAGUCUGAAAAACAAUUACAUUUAGCUCAAAAGCAAGAAUUAGAGUUAAGAUGUAAGAAAUUUGCCGCAAAAUUCAAAGUCAAAGAAAGGGAAGUAAACUCAUUGGAAGAGAAGUUGAGAAUCGCUAAAGAAAAUGCAUCGAAAAAUGUCAACGAAGAGCAACUCAUUGAUAGUGAUAAACGUAUUGAAGAAUUAGUCAAAAGAGUGGAUGAGUUGCAGUUCACGGCAUCCAAUCUCGACUCCGCUCUUCAAACUGAACGCCAGAAACGAAGAGAAUUGGAGUCAGAAAAGAGUCAAUUCUGGGGACAGACACCAUCACUGGCCAACAGAAAUAGUGAUUCAAUUACCAUCAAUUCUGACACUCAAUCGUCAUUUUCAUUGCUUAUUGAUGAGGGAAUGGCAGAUAAGAGUGGAUUGAGUUCUGCAAAACGUUUUAUAAGCAAACAGAGACACUAUUUGAUGAAAGGUCCGACAAGUGCUAAAUAUAAGCGAAUAGCGAUUAUUGUAUAUUUGGUUGUAAUUCACGUGUUAUUUGUCAAAAUGUGCCUUUUCUAACACUAUUCAGUUUUCAAAGUUUUCAAAUA